GGGGUUUGAGCAGAGACGGAAGAGGAGGGGGUAAUGCGCUCGUGGUGCUGGCCGUCUUCCGACCCGCUCGUUGGUGCCCCGUGACAUACGCACUCAAGGAACCUGCAGCCGGCACGCAGGAGGGGAGGGGGAAUUCCUUUCUUCUCCGGUCCGACUGGCGCCGUCGCGAUUUUCUAACGCGUUGCGCGCACUUCAGGUCUCCAGCCUCGUAUUAACUAAUGUCAGCACCCUCAAUGAAGGAAAGGCAAGCAUGCUGGGAAGCGCGGGAUAAGCUCUGGAAGUGCUUAGAUGAAAAUAUGGAAGAUAUAUCCAAGUGUGACAAGUCUAAGUGCUCUUUUGAAAGUUUAUGUCCACAGCAGUGGGUUAAAUACUUCAAUAGAAGAAGAGAGUAUUUAAAAUACAAAGCUAAACUAGAAGCAGGAGAAUAUCAGCCUUCAGUGAACACUGAGAAGUCAUAGUUAAUCUGCCCCUUUUCUGGUUACUUCAGCCAUGAAAGUGUUUGCAGAAGAAAAGCACUGGUGUGCCAACAGCCUCUUUUGAAUUAAAUCGAGAACCAAUCA